AUGGCGCCACCAGUGAGGGAUCGCACCAUGUACAGGCACCACCUCUGCUUGUGCUUCAUUCUUCUUGCGUCCACGGCCACCCUCUCCGCCGCCGUCACGGCUUCCUCUUACUCCACUGCCUGCCCCUCCCUGGCACCGGCUCAGGACCGCCACACCGACGGCGACGACGCCGUUGCACUCAUCCGCUCCUUCCAAAUCUCCGGCGGCCAGUUCUCCGGGGGCGCCGACGGCCUGUUUUCCCCCGUCGACGACCCCUACAAAGCCCGCCCGUUCCACUUCCUUCCACACGGCGCGUCCCGCACGGACGACCCGGCUCUCGUUCACCUCACCGGUACCUUGACCAUCUUUGGUCCCCGCAGCUGGCGCCGUGGAAGCCACCAGUAUUACAGCGAGGCCGCGUCCAUCGCCUUCGUCCUCGACGGUUACCACUCCUCGGCCUCGCGCGAGCUCUGCAUGGUCGGGACCGGCACCGAGCACGCCGUCGACGGUUCUGUCAAGCAGUACCAUGACGCCGUCCUCCGCCUCCAUGUCCCCAGCCCUCCCAGCCUCGCCGAUCCUUUCGUGUCCGGCAGCAUGGAGGGCUCCUCCGACCUCGGGACCAUCAGCCUCCUCGCGUACGCCGGGGGCGACCACUACAAGUACGACGACUCCGGGCGUGCGGCCUGCAGCCCCGGGCCAUCGAUGCUGCCGGCCAGUGGCUCGCUCCGGGCGCUCGGCGGUGUCAACUCCGUGUGCGCCCACCUGAAAGAACAGCUCAUGAUCUCCUACAGGUUGGAGCAUGGCCGCACCGUGCUUCCGCGGAUGCGCGUCAACCAGAUGCAGUGCAGCGCGGACGGCGCCGCCUUGCACGCAUACGCGGUGCUCUUCAAUGACACCAGGCCGACCGAGAGGGGCUACCGUCGACGCCGCUUCUUGGUCGGCGACGAGGCCUUGGUGGCCGACGGGCACUGGGACGAGUCUCGGCGCAUGCUCUGCCUCAGAGCGUGCCGGGUUACGCUACCGGCGCCGGCGUCUGCUCCGGUGGUCGACUGCGGGAUCGGGAUGAGCUUUUGGCUCCCAGCAGUGUGGACGAUGCGGGAAAAGAGAGCGGUGGCCGGGAUGCUCUGGAACUCUAGCCAAGCCGACACUGAACCGAUGUCGAUCAUCGACGACCAAAGAAGCAACGCCAACAUCUCCGACGUGAAGUACAGCUACAACGACACGAUGCUGGAGGAGGCCAGGAAACAUCACCAGAAGAUCAGCAAUGGGAAGAAGAUGAUAGGGUCAGACUCUUUCCCAGAUUUCAACUCUAGUAACGGUGACGCUGAGUUUAGUUUCCAGGCGCUAGACAUCAGGGGGCAGGCCUACCCAGUCACAAUUGGGUUACGGAUGGUCGCCGACAAUAUUCUGGCCGACGACGAUGCCUCCUCCCGGCGUUGGGUGGUCUUCGGGAGCACGCCCACCACCGCCGCGGCCCGGCGUGCGGUGGUUGACGACAUGAAGGAGGACCUGCUGAAUGUCAGCUAUGUCAUACGCUACUCCGCUCCAGGUGACAAGAUCAGGGUGCGUCCUAGCAAUGCGGCCCACUACUCAAACUAUAGCGUUGAGAAAAGAAAGAUCUUGGCAGAGGGCAUUUAUGACCGGAAGAGGGGCAUCCUGUGCAUGGUCGGCUGCCAAGAGCGCACCGGCUCGACGGAUUGUCAGACACUGGUAACGGUGCAGUUCGCUUCCCUUGGUUCCAAGGUGCCGGAGCACGGAAGUGGGGCGAUCAGCAGCCUCAGAGACAAGACCGAUCGCCUCUUCUUUGCGAAGAUCAACUUCACCAUGCACGGGAUGUACUCCGCGCAAGUGGCCAACGCCAUAUCGAGGAUGGACAUGGAAAGCGUCAUGCUUGUGGCCUCGACGACGCUCUCGUGUGUCUUCACCAUCCUGCAGAUCCUUCACACCAAGAGGAACCCGGAGGCGGCUCCGGCGACAUCGGUGACCAUGCUCGCCGUCCUCACCAUGGAGUUCCUCGCCCCUCUCGUGCUCAACUCGGAGGCCCUGUUCGCAAGCAGGAGGAGCCAGUACCAUGAGCUGCACCCCACGAGCCGGAGGAUCGAGAUGAACGAGGUCAUGAUGAGGGCGCCUACACUGAUCGCCUUCGUGUUGCAGCUGCGCCUUCUCCAGCUCGCGUGGUCCGGCCGACGCACAUCCACCAUGUCCGAGCGGACCGUGUUAUGGAUAUGCCUGCCGUUGUACGCCCUCGGAGGAAUCGUGGCCGCGGUCGUCCACGUGAUCAACGCCCGCGCCUCCACGAUCGGCAUGGCCGGAUGGCGGGUGACGAUCUGGCAGGACCUUGUGUCGUACGCGGGGCUGAUACUGGAUGGCUUCCUUCUCCCGCAGGUCAUCCUAAACGCGUCCUUGGGAGCGUCCAGAGCUCGGGCGAUCUCGCCGUGGUUUUACAUGGGGGGCACCAUGCUCCGCUUGAUGCCUCAUGCGUAUGAUGUAGUCAGGGCCCAGAUCUACAAGCCGAGCAUGCGCUCUUCCAAAUUGUACGCGAGCCCCCACGACGAUCUGUUCGGCGCCGCUUGGGACAUGGUUAUACCGUGCGGGGUGGCGUUGCUGGCCUUGUUGUUGUUCUUGCAGCAGCGGCUUCCAGGCACCGAGUCACUUCCUUCGCAGAGGAGCAGAUCGAGUGGAUAUCAGAUGGUGUCUAACAUUUAA